CUGUCUCAGGGUGACCACUUUAAUGUAAUGUUAUGUUUUAGGGUCACACGGGUUAUCGAUAAGUUCGCGCCGCUCAGUGUGUUGUGUUGUGAUUUAGUUUUUGUUAGUUGCGUUAUCAUUGUUAAUCUUUGUUAAUUGACCGCCUGCAUGCUCGACCAUGGGUAUUACCGGCCUUAUACCAUUUCUGGAGAAGGCAUCGUCGAAACUGCAACUGAAGGACAUACGCGGCAGCACUGUCGCGGUGGACACUUACUGCUGGCUCCACAAAGGUGUUUUUAGUUGCGCGGAGAAGCUGGCCCGCGGCGAGGACUGUGAUCAGUACGUGCAGUACUGUCUGAAGUACAUACAGAUGCUGCUCUCGUAUGACAUCAAACCGAUACUGGUCUUCGAUGGUCAGCACUUGCCGGCAAAGGCUUUGACCGAGAAGCGGCGACGGGAGUCGCGGCAGCAGAGCAAGCAACGGGCGGCAGAACUGCUGCGCCUGGGCCGUGUGGAGGAGGCGCGCUCCCAAAUGCGUCGCUGUGUGGAUGUCACCCACGAGAUGGCGCUCAGGCUGAUACGCGAGUGCCGAAAUCGCAAUGUGGACUGCAUUGUGGCGCCCUACGAGGCGGAUGCCCAGAUGGCCUGGCUCAACAAGGCCGACAUUGCCCAGUACAUCAUCACCGAGGACUCGGACUUGACGUUGUUUGGCGCAAAGAAGGUCAUCUUCAAGCUGGACCUAAAUGGCAACGGUCUGCUGGUGGAGGCGGACAAGCUCUACCUGGCCAUGGGCUGCCGGCAGGAGCAGUAUCAAUUCGACAAGUUUCGACGCAUGUGCAUACUAUCGGGCUGUGAUUAUCUGGACUCAUUGCCGGGCAUUGGUCUGGCCAAGGCCUGCAAGUUUAUGCUGAAAACGGAACAAGACGACAUGCGGAUAGCAUUGAAGAAGAUACCAAGCUACCUCAAUAUGAGCAAACUGGAGGUGGAUGAUGACUACAUUGAGAACUUUAUGAAAGCGGAGGCCACCUUCAAGCACAUGUUCAUCUACAACCCUCUGCUGCGUCGCAUGGAGCGACUGUGUGCCCUGGAGGAGUACGCGACAGAUGUAAGCUACUGCAGCAAUGCUGGCACUUUGCAGGAAGAUAGCCAUCUGGCACUGCAUCUAGCUCUGGGGAACUUGAAUCCCUUUUCUCUCAAAAAACUUGAUAGCUGGGAGCCCGGGAAAGCGCUUCCAGCUGCUCCGAAAAAUACCAAAAGAUCAAAGCACAAAAGCAUUUGGCUAACAAAUGGACAAGAUUCGGUCAAGGAACAGCCGGAAAAGGUGCAAUCUCCUUGUGCUUUGUUCUUCAAAAAGGUGGAUUUUGUUGGCCAAACGAUAGACGAGGAAAUCCAGGCCAAUGAGCGACUGGAGCAGGCAAAGCAAACGGAAGCGCAGGUCUUCUCCAUGUACAGCUUCAAAACGAAGCGGAGAAGAAGUCCCAGCGGUGGUGGCUCCACGGAUAGAGAGCGCACACCGCCGCCAUCGCCGGUACAAACGAGAAGUCGCCACAAUCCCUUUGCCAAGGAUCCACUGCUGCGAUCCCCUGUGGUGUGUGAGAAUAGUUCUCUGCUGCGUCUGCUGAGCCCCAAGAAGUGCAGUCCUGUGGGUGGAGUAGCUGAGGAGACGCGUGUGAAUUCCCUCAAGCGAAGCAUCUUUGCCAAGGAGCAGCCGGUGGAGGUGCGCAGUCGCUUUUUUGCCACACAAGCGGAACAGACAAUGCUGGGCCAGCAGCCGAAAGAGGAAGAGGAGUUGGGAUCAAGUGGAAUCAACAAGAAAUUAAGACUGGAAACGAAAACGAAUGCAUUUACUGACCCCACGGAUGUGGUGCUCUCCGAAGAGGAUGAAAAGCCAUCACUGAAUGCUUCCAGCAAUGAAGUGAAGCCAUCACUAGAGAUUUUACAGCUUGAAGACAGCGAAGACACUGCGGAAAUUGGUGUCAAAUCCUUGGAAAUACUUAAAAGUGAGCCUGCCUGUUCGGGCACCAUCAAUCUUGUAUCUGAUGACAGCUGCAGCUCGGAGGCAACGCUCCCCAGCAGCCAGGAAGUUGCCAGCGUUCAAUCCAGCAAUUUCUUUGUGUCCAACAAACGACGUGUGGGCCUCUCCAAGCCCGCCAACACAACUGCCAAGAAGCCUUUAUCCAAGUCUAAGAACAGCAAAUUUUCCUCCUCGAGUCCCAGUCAACCCAAACUGAGCAUGUUCGGGUUUCAAAAGAGGCCUGUUCUUAAAUGACGGUUCACCUUUCUGCACUUAUGUAGUUUUGUAAGCUAAUCUAAUUUAUUAAAGCGAAGAAGCGACGACAACAGCAUCCAUCAA